AUGGCAGGUGGGAAACAAGUGAUGCUUCUUGCAAUUGAUGAUAGUGAGCAUAGCUUUUAUGCUCUUAAGUGGACCCUGGACCAUUUCUUCACUCCUACAUCGAAUGCCCUGUUCAAGCUCGUUAUUGUCCAUGCCAAAUAUCCUCCUACUUCUGUUAUUGGACUUGCAGGACCUGGAUCCACGGACGUGCUGCCACUUGUGGAAGCCGACCUGAAGAGGACAGCUGAUAGGAUUAUCGAGCAAGCUAAGGAACUCUGCAAGGAAAAAGAAGUGGAAGAUGCAGAAUUUGAAGUGAUCGAAGGGGAUGCCAGGAUGGUCAUGUGUGAUGCCGUUGACAAACAUCAUGCAUCUCUCUUGGUUCUCGGUAGCCAUGGAUAUGGGGCUUUGAAAAGGGUUGUUCUGGGCAGCGUCAGCGAUCACUGCUCCCACCAUGCUCACUGCUCUGUGAUGAUCGUGAAGCAGCCUAAAGUACACCACUAA